AUGACGCAGCGGAGGAGGUUCAACCGAGAGGACUUUCUCUGCGUCUCCUGGUCGGUUUCCUGCAAGACAGAUAAAGAGAGAGAGAGAGACAAAGGGCUGCAGCCAGAAAACCCUCCUCAUAUAUCCAGGACUUUGUAGAACCUUCCAGACUUCCAAGUCAAAACUCCCAGAGAGAAACCAGCUCAGUCGGUCCUGCGCAAGGACGCACCAGCGGCUCAUUGGACUCCAAGAACACCGCAUUUAAAGCCACUAAACACGGGAACGACGAAGAUGCUCCUGCCUCUGGUAACCCUCCAGCUGCUGUUGGCUCCAGUGCUCAUGGUGCCCGGUGUGGAUCGCUGGGACUCAUGGGGUCCUUAUGGAGAAUGCAGCCGGAGCUGUGGCAGCGGAGUGACCGUGAGAACCAGAAGCUGUAUCACACACAGGACUGACGGAGGACACAACUGUGUGGGACCAGACAAGUCUUACCGCACCUGCAACAUCCAGGACUGUCCCGAGGGAUCCAAGGAUUUCCGUGAAGACCAGUGCUCCCAGUUUGAUGGGACUGACUUCCAGGGGAAACUCUACAAGUGGCUUCCAUAUUAUGGAGCGGAGAACCGCUGUGAGCUGAACUGCAUCCCGAGAGGGGAAAACUUCUUCUAUCGUCACCGCAGCUCCGUGGUCGACGGGACGGCCUGCCACCCCGGGCGGAGGGACGUGUGCGUGGAGGGAGUCUGCAAGCGUCUCGGCUGUGACGACACGCUGGGGUCUCUUCAGCAGGAGGACGCCUGCCUGCAGUGCGGGGGCAACGGACAGACCUGCUCCCAAGUCAAGGACCGCUUCUCGGUCCGCGACCUGCCGACCGGCUACAACCAGAUGUUCAUCAUCCCUGUCGGAGCCACCACCAUCAGCAUCAGAGAAACAGUGGCCACGCGCAACUACCUCGCUAUCAAGAACCUGCGUGGUGAGUACUACCUCAAUGGCCACUGGGUAAUUGAGUUUUCCAGGUCGACACCCAUCGCUGGGACUGUGCUGUACUACCAGCGAGGAGCUGAGGGAGACAAUGUGCCCGAAACCAUCAUCGGCCGCGGCCCCACCACCGAACCCCUGGUCGUUGAGCUGAUCAGCCAGGAGCCAAAUCAAGGAGUGGAGUUUGAGUAUUAUCUUCUCAAUGGACGCUCCAGACAGGGCUACUCCUGGAGUUUUGGAUCCUGGUCUUCCUGCAGCAGAGAGUGUGGAUCAGGACACCAGUCUCGCUCGGUGUUCUGCACCGUUGACAACGAGGCCUACCCCGACUAUCUCUGUGCAUCUCUGCCGAGGCCACAGAACAACCGUACGUGCAACCCCCACGCGUGCCCACAGAGCCGCAGGAUGGCGUACCUGUACCCACCACAGUUGUGGAGAUCCUCGAAAAGGCCCCGAGCCUUUGUGUUCAGUCUGGUUUGCUCGGCGAGCUGUGGUUCAGGCCGGCAGACCAGGGAGGUCACCUGCGUCGGCUCGGGGGGAACGCGGCUCGGGGAAAGCUCCUGCGGCGCUCUGCUCCGCCCGACCGCCGCCCGGCCCUGCGAGGAGGCGGCCUGCCGACGACAGACCGGCUGGCACGUCGGAGACUGGGGACUGUGCUCCGUGAGCUGCGGCUCCGGCUCGCGGGAGCGUCAGGUGAUCUGCUCCGACCCGCAGAGGAACCUGUACCCCGCGGUGCGAUGUGACGCCGACCCCAAGCCCUCCACCGCGGAGCGCUGCAACGGCCAGUCCUGCUCCGGCCCGCAGGGAGUUCCCAGCAUCCAGGACACACGAGGACACGACAACACUCAGACGGGUUUCCAGCCUCAUGGGCCGGACCACACCACAGCCCGCCGGCCGGAGACGUAUCCGAGCCAGACGAACACGGUCCACGACCCUCAGGGCUCCGCCCCCGCCCUGCACUGCAGCCAGUCCCAUUACGGCUGCUGCCCGGACGGACGCACUUCGGCCGGGGGCCCCCAGGGUCUGGGCUGCCCACAUGUGCCAGCCCCCGUCCGGCCACACUGCGUCCAGACCAGAUCAAGUGAAGAGUUUGAGCCAUCACAUGCCAGAAUAGUCAACGACAUCUGCCGCGUGUACCCAGCCUAUUUCGGCCAGGGAACAAAACUGACGGUUCUCGAACCUGGACAUGACGUCAGCGGGCCGACAGUCAAAGUGCUUCGCCCUUCACCAAAGGAGUGUCAAAGCCACGGAGACCAGGAGAAGAAGAAGAAGACCAUCGUGUGUGUGGCCAGUGGGUUCUACCCAGACCACGUCGGCGUGCUCUGGAAGGUCGACGGGGUGGAGGUCACCACCGGGGUGGCGACCGACAGCGCCGCUCUCCGGCACGGCAAGUCUUACAGGAUCAGCAGCAGGCUGAGGGUCUCUGCCAACGACUGGUUCACAGACCAAGAGUUCACCUGCAGCGUCCGCUUCUUCAACGGGACGCACACGGAGCUCUACUCACACUCCAUCCUGGGGGGGAAAGGAGCGCUGACCAGAGAGAAAUAUCUGAGGAUCGCACAGACGGCCAAACUGUCCUACGGGGUUCUCAUCGUCAAGAGCGGCGUCUACGGAGCCUUUGUGGCGUUUCUGGUGUGGAGGCUUCAGACAGAGGGAUCAUCUCAGCUGGUUCAUACCUCACUGCCCGGCGACGCCCCUUUGCCGCGCUUCAGCAUCGAGCGGUCCAGCUCGUCUUCGCUGGAGAUGCGCGCCGGACAAACCGCCAGACUGUCCUGCACCGUCGUCCCCCGGGCGGCUCUCCGGACCGUCAGCAUCCAGUGGACGAAAGAUGGCCGCUCCCUCAGUGACUCCAGGUUUACCCAGCAUUCCGAUGGCUCUCUGACCGUCGGCUCGCUGAAGGCCGCGGACUCCGGCGUGUACACGUGCACCGCCUCCUCCCAGCAGCAGCUGGAGCAGCGGCAGCUGCAGCUCAGAGUCCAAGCCAACCUGAAGAUCACCACAGCUCCCAAUAACAUCCAGGUGCCUGAAGGCAGCACCGCUCUGCUCCCCUGUGUGGUGUCAGGAGACAACGUCAAACCGAUUCACGCCACACAAUGUCUUUGUGCCGCAGAUGUCGAUCUGCCGCCGGAAUGCGUGGACCAGCCGGAGCUCGCCAACUGCGAGCUGAUAGUUUACGCCCGCCUGUGCUCCAACUCGUACUACUCCAGCUUCUGCUGCGCCAGCUGCACCAGGCACGCACAGAGCAACCAGCGGCCCGGGGGGGCGGGCUGGGGGAAGAGGGCGAGGGCGUGAGACGUCGAAACCUUCCAAACCCCUGAACCUUUUGCCAAAAGUACUUAAAACUGCAACGGAAUAAGAGACCGAUGACGAGUAGAUGUGGUUAAACGUGUGGACCUGGAGUUCAGGGAGUCUGUUUAUACACUGGAGACGGGAACGAGGGGCCGAUGCAAAGAUGGAGAGUCUGUUGGAUGUGAUGAAGCAAGAGUCAAACGUUCUUUGUCGCUGUUCUUUUAAAAUAAUUUAUUUUCUCUUCACUGUACGUGUUCUCUGUUUUCUAGAGAAUACUUUUUACUUGCAGGUCAUUAAACAGAUUUAACAAUCCAAUGAAAUGAAACUGUUUUAAUGAAAUGAAUAUAUUGGGCUAUUUUCACUGAUUAAAAAAAAAGGUUGUAUUUUCUCUUCGCGAUGUUUAUUUUUAUGUAAUUAUUUGAUAUUAAAAAAUCAUAUUUUGCUAAAAAAGCG